CCCCGGGUGGACCGACCCCCGGAGGACAUGCGGUGACGCGCCGGGAAACCGAGCACCAGAGCCCGCGGUGGGAGUUGUAAAACCGCCGGGGACGACGCGGACUCCAGCGGGCGGAUCCUGUGGAUGUUAUCGCCGGGGAAACUUGUCGCUCGACGCCGUUUUGGAGGCGUGUUUUCCGGGUAGCAGAGGCUGAGCUGAGCGGUCCCUCUCUCCUCCCUUCUCCCGGGGCAGCGAGCCGGUUCCUCGGACCCGGACCCGGAGGAGGAGGCUCGGCGGGCUGGAGCCGAUGCCCCCGGCGGACUGCAGGCUGCUGCAUCAUGGCCGGAUCAUGAGGUGCUGGACCAGCCUGCUGCUUCUCCCAGAAACGCUGAAAAGGUCCAAGCAGGCCGGCGGGCUCCCGGGCAGCAGACUGCCGCUGUACUACGAGAUCCUCAGCCUGUCCCUGAGCUCCAAGAAGCCGCAGCAGCACAGGAAGAUGGCCGCGGAGCUGUACCCGGCCACCGGCCACACCGACCUGGCCCCCGGCUCCACGGAGAAGAGCCAGGCCGGGCAGGAGAGCCAGGCGGCGGCCACCACCCCGACCUCCACCACCACCACCACCACCACCACCAGCAUGCAGAACAUCAACAACAACAACCCGGAGCCCCCCAGCUGGCAGAGCAGCCACCCCACCCUGAGAGAGAGGAAUGCCUUGAUGUUUAACAAUGAGCUGAUGGCGGACGUCCACUUCGUGGUCGGACCCCCGGGGGACUCGCAGACGGUUCCAGCUCACAAGUACGUGCUGGCCGUGGGAAGCUCCGUCUUCUGCGCCAUGUUCUACGGCGACCUGGCGGAGGAGGAUCCCGAGAUCCACAUCCCGGACGUGGAACCCGCUUCUUUUCUAAUUCUGCUGAAGUACAUGUACAGUGAUGAGAUCGACCUGGAGGCCGACACGGUGCUGGCCACCCUGUACGCUGCCAAGAAGUACAUCGUCCCGGCGCUGGCCAAGGCCUGCGUCACCUUCCUGGAAACCAGCCUGGAGGCGAAGAACGCCUGCGUGCUGCUGUCCCAGAGCCGGCUGUUCGAGGAGCCCGAGCUGACGCAGCGCUGCUGGGAAGUGAUCGACGCCCAGGCCGAGCUGGCGCUGGGCUCCGAGGGCUUCGGUGAGAUCGACCUGCAGACGCUGGAGAUCAUCCUGCGGCGGGAGACCCUGAACACCAAGGAGGUGAUGGUGUUCGAGGCCGUCAUGAACUGGGCCGCGGCCGAGUGCAAGAGACAAGGUCUGGGGCCCACGACUCACAACCGGAGGGAGGUGCUCGGCAAGGCGCUGUUUCUGGUGCGAAUCCCGACCAUGAGCCUGGACGAGUUCGCCAACGGGGCGGCGCAGUCGGAGAUCCUGACGCUGGAGGAGAUGCACAAUGUGUUCCUGUGGUACACGGCAGCCAACAAGCCGGACCUGGACUUCCCCCUGACCGAGAGGACGGGUCUGGCGCCUCAGAGGUGCCACCGCUUCCAGUCCUCGGCCUACCGCAGCAACCAGUGGCGCUACCGCGGCCGCUGCGACAGCAUCCAGUUCGCCGUGGACAAGCGGAUCUUUAUCGCCGGGUUGGGACUCUACGGGUCGAGCGGCGGCAAAGCCGAGUACACGGUCAAAAUCGAACUCAAGCGACAGGGGGCGGUCCUGGCCCAGAACCACACCAAGUACGUGUCGGACGGGUCGAGCAGCACGUUUCCCGUGUGGUUCGAGCACCCGGUGCAGGUGGAGCAGGACGCCUUCUACACGGUGAGCGCCGUGCUGGACGGGAACGAGCUGAGCUACUUCGGCCAGGAGGGCAUGACGGAGGUGCAGUGCGGGAAGGUGACCUUUCAGUUCCAGUGCUCGUCCGACAGCACCAACGGGACGGGGGUGCAGGGAGGACAGAUCCCCGAGCUCGUGUUCUACGCAUGAGAGUAAUGUAGCAGUAAAGACACUCGAGUGAUGUCACACUCAACGGCCUGGCUAGUUCUCCGAGAGACUGUUUUAAACAAAGCUGUUGUUUUAUCUUUAUUUAAUUUAAUGUUAUUUUUUUUAUUUAAAUACUGGGUUAACGUUAUUUGCUGGGACGCUGCUGUCGAGGAAACGCUAACACGCUGAUCUGUGGUGAUGUAAUCCAGCUGAGCUCCACACCUGGAACCACCAGCGGCUGCUUCACUUUGGGUUAAACGCUUUAGUUCCAGGCAGCCAAUCACAACCAGGAGUUUGUGUAGAGUUAUGAUUCAUAAGGUAGAAAUCUGCUCGAGUUGUUUUUGCACUUCAGAGAAAACGUUUGUGUCUUUUGUAAAAUAUGUGAGCAGCUUGAUGCUGCUUGAGACCAGAUGUGUUCUGUACGAGAAUGACUAUACACCUGAUGAUAAAACAUAAAGGUUCUAAUGUGACCGAA